AUGCUGCGAAGCUCCAUGUACGGGGCGGUUCGCACCUCGGUGCUUGCCCGUCAGCCCACGACGACGGCCGCGGGCGCGCCGCUGCGAAGGCUAGCAGCCCAGGGCUGCAGGACACAACCCGCCAGACUCAUGCUGGCUCCGCCGAGAGCGGCGGGCGGGCAGUCUGUCGCCACGGGCGCGAGGACGUUUGGCACCGGGCGGACGACACUCCUACGGGGCCCCUCGGCGGCGGCGUCGAGGACGGGGCAGGGGCUAUCACAGAGGGCGCAGAAGCGCACCUUCAACUGGACAUGGUCGCGCCGGUCCGGCGGCAGCAAGGGCGCCGGGGCAGGGGCCGAGGCGGAACCGCAGUCUCUGAGCGCGCGCCUGCGCAAGCUGUCGCGCGAGUACGGCUGGGUCGCCCUUGGCGUGUACCUGGGGCUCAGCGUGCUCGACUUCCCCUUCUGCUUCCUGCUGGUGCGCAUGGUCGGCACCGACCGCAUCGCCGAGGUCGAGCGCUGGGUCAUGGCCGGCGUCAAGAAGGUUGUGCCCGAGUCCGUCAAGGAGCGCUGGCACGAGUACCGCGCCGCAUUCAAGGACGCUGAGAGGGAGGAGCUGGGCGACAACCAUGUGAGCGAGGACGUUGAGAAGGUCGGCUGGGGCGUAGAGAAGGCCCAGGAGAGGCACAAGGAGGAAGCGAGCCUCGCGACGCAGCUGGCCCUGGCGUACGCCAUCCACAAGAGCUUCAUCUUCAUCCGGGUGCCCUUGACGGCGGCAGUGACGCCGAAGGUGGUCAAAGUCCUCAGGGGAUGGGGCUACCAGAUCGGCAAGAGGAAGCCGAAGACACGCAAGUAA